AGUCAGGGGGAAGGAGGCGGAUUCCUGAGACUUUAGCACAUGAGCCCACCAUACACAAGGCACAGAGAGCCGAGCUGGAUCUGUAACGUAGCGCUUGCUUGGGACUGCUUGGGGAUUUACUAUCACUGCCUGUGCGCAAUCAGAGCGCAACCAGCGCGCAGCCUCCCUCUCCCUGUGCAUUAGAGGAGCAGAAGGAUUUGUAACCUCAUGUCAGCUGGGGCAGGAGCAACAUCAAACACCCUGUGUGCGCUAACUUACCCCUGGGGCGCAAACUGGACGUCUCACGUUUAGCCUGUCAUUGCCAUUAACCAACUCUGCCGGGAGACUGUGCCCUGCUCGUCCUCACUCUGAGAAAGGAGUCACUGAAGCUCCCCAUUUUAAUGAAGGAUGUACAGCUUUGGAUAUAUCUUCCUCAGCCUGAUGAUUGUCCAUCUCUGUGACACCAGGGAGAAGGUAUCCAACAGGACACCUCGACAGACAGAGGAUGAAGGAGCUGGGAACAAAAUGUCUGGACUGUGGGGUACCUGGGGGCCGUGGUCUAGUUGUUCUCAGACAUGUGAACUAGGAGUAAUAGAAAGAAGUAGGAGCUGUUUGUCUCCAUAUAAGCAGGUACCUUGGGUACCAGGAGCAGAGACAGCUCCGCACAUCAUCCAGACCAUUCCUCAACCUUCACCAAAUGAUGAAAGAUCCAAUUUAUAUCCAUUUGGAGCAGCAAGGCCAGCAUACCCACUUCACACAGAUGGGGAGAUUGCAGCACCUUUUGUAGACCUUGGGAGUCAAAGACAUUCUCCAACUCUUCGAUACAAUCCAUUUAACCGCCACUCUCACCAAGGCACACAUUCCAGUGGAUCACAGCCUCCAACCCAAAACCGUGACAACUCACCAUACCAUAGAUCCAUAUCCAGUCGAGGGCGGGAAGCAGCACGGCAUCCUGAGACAGGGUGGCAUCCAGCACCUUUAGAGACUCCUUACCUACAGGAAGAGCUUCUUGCUCCUGAAACCUUCUCCAUGCACAGGAAUGAUCAUCAAAGCAUACCAUCAUCCUAUCACCGGAGAAACAUCACCAGGCAGGUUGAAGACCCUGCACCAUGGCCAUUCUUCCCAGAUUCCAUUCCUCUUCUGAAACCUGAAAGUUCUGAAGACCACAAUCCAGGGCAGUCUUUCCCACCACUGACACCAACCAAGGAGUCUCGUUUCUCUAGAAGAUCCCGUGUUAGAAAUUCAAUCAAACCGGGAAAGUAUGGAUAUGGUAAAGUACCCUUUGCUUUGCCACUCCAUAAAGACAAAGAAGAAUCACAACGUUUUAAAAGGCAUCAUAAAUCGGUAGAUGAUGGAACUACAGUUGCACCUUGGAAAGAAGAGGAGAAGCAUCUGGAGCCAACUCAAACACCAUCCCAAAAUGACAGACAAGUUUAUCACAUGCAUAAUGUAGAUAGGUCUAUAGUUCAUAGCACAGAGCAUUCACAACAGAAGAGUUCUCAAUCUCAUAAAGGAGAAUCACUGCAACACCAUCUAUCUCAUAUAAAACACAAGACAGUACAUGAGCGUCCUUCAUGGCCUAAAACAUUAGUCAACAUUUCACAUUUAUUAAUGGGGCUUAGUGGAUUUCAGCAGAAAGCUCUUAAAGGUGAUGAGUCAAAACAUGAAUCUUUGGAAACAGAUUUAGCUCCAAUAGAACCUGUCCAGAAGAGGGGGCUAGUUCACAGAAGGAGUCAGUCCAAUCAGAAUGGCCAACUUUUCUCCGAGAUGCAUGAUUGGGACCAUGAAAGGUAUGGUGAUCGAAACAUUGGUUCAGGAAAGCAAGCAGAUGAUGAUGAUGAUUUGAGCACGGUAGCUAAUAUUAGAAAGGUUCGUUCUACUAAUACCAGGGUAUUAUGGGCAGAUGAAAAACCUGUUGAACAAAAGUCAUCUUCCAUCCUUUCUUCAGCUGCAGCUAAGGAAAUUGCAGUGGCAGACAGUUCCAAGAUAGUUUCACAGUCCAAUGUUUAUACCAGAAUUGGAGACCAACACUUUAUGGAAAACAGAAAAGACAUUAGAAGAAUGCCUAGAGCCAAGAUGUUUGGCACAGUAAAACCAAUGCAAAGUAGAACCGUAGGUCAGAAAGUUGACACACCUUUAAGGUUGGAUACAACCAAGAAAGGUCAGAAUGAGAGGACUUCGCCGGAAGGAUCAGAGUUUUUAAUGCAAAGGGAACGUUCAUCCCAAUUAAAAAAGAUAUCAAAACAUUCUGAGGAAUCUGUUGGUGAAAAAGCAGCAGAUGAAGUGGAUCAACACAACCAUGAGGCGGUAUCUGAUUCAGUGCUUUUGCCCAGAUCCCGUAGCCAGCGUCAGAGCCAAAACAGGCAUGGUGUGGACAACAGCAGGGUCUUUCAGAGUCUGUUCAGAGAGCAUCCUUCUAUUCACAGGCCUGCUCAGUCUGAUACUUGGCCAUCCUAUGGAAGAAGUCUAGUUAUGGCUCAAGAAAGAGAACAAGAUGUGAGAUCAAACCUUCAUCAGAACUCAGAACUUCCUCAAUGGAACCUUUACAAUCCAGGAUCUGAGGAGUUUCAUUGCGAAGGGGAACAGAAGCAAUACAAAUCAUGCAACCAAGAGGCAUGUCCAAGUGGGGAACCGGAUGCAAGAGCCAUGCAAUGUGCAACAUUUAACAGCCAAGAGUUUAUGGGUCGUCUGUACCAGUGGGAAGCCUUCACUGAAGUGAGUGGCAACCAAAGAUGUGCACUAAACUGCCGUCCCGUUGGCUACCGUUUCUAUGUGCGUCACACAGAGAAGGUCCAAGAUGGCACCCCAUGUGAAGCCGGCUCUCUCGAUGUCUGUGUUGAUGGGCAGUGCUUGUCUCCUGGUUGUGAUGGCAUCUUGGGGUCUAACAGUACUCUGGACACCUGUGGAGUUUGCGGUGGAGAUGGAUCUACUUGCAAAUUCAUCACUGGGACCUUCAAGGAAACCAACGUUCCCAUUGGCUACCACAAAAUCUUGGAGAUUCCCAAAGGUGCUACCCAAAUCAAAGUGAGAGAACUUACAUGGAGUCCUAACUAUCUAGCUUUGAGGAGUCGAACCGGGAAGUCUAUUAUCAAUGGUAACUGGGCAGUAGACCCCGCUGGUAGAUAUGAGGCUGGAGGAACUGUGUUUAUCUACAAUCAACCAGGAAGGGAAGAGCAAGAGGGGGAAACCUUCACUGCAGCUGGUCCCACCACGGAAGCUCUGGAUGUAUAUAUGAUAUUCCAGCAGGACAAUCCUGGGAUCUCCUUCCAGUUCUUCAUUUCUUCUCCAACUGCUGCUAAUACCUCCAGCCAUCAGUCGAACCAUCCACAGCAGGAAUAUGGAGCACUAAGAUCGAUGUCUGCCAGCGAGACUCUUCCAAACUCAGGCUCACAAAUUCAACCUCCUGAUGACCGACCUCUACCCCAAUCAAGACAACAUUCCAUGAGACCUGUCAGCACCCUGCAACGUAAUAUCCGUGUUCCUCCUCUACAGUCGCCCCCAGUUCACUUCUGGCCAGGACAACCUCAGUUCUUCUGGAAGAGAGUGGGCAGCACAGGCUGUUCUGUUUCUUGUGGUAAAGGAUUCUGGUACCCAAUUUACCAGUGUGUCUCCAGAAACUCUCUAGAGGAGGUUAGUGAGGAGGAAUGUGAUUUGUCCAAUAAGCCUUUCCCUCAGGAAGAAGCGUGCAACACCCAGGCCUGCCCAGCCUUUUGGGAUGUAGGCAACUGGUCCGUGUGCAGCAGGACAUGUGGAAAUGGAAUUCAGCACCGGCAAGUGCUUUGUCGCCAGAUGUACGCCAACAGGACCACCAUGGUGCAUCCACAGAAGUGCAGUCAUCUGGUGAAACCCAAUGUAACAGAGACCUGUCAGCUCCGUAUCUGCAGCCACUGGGAGAUCCAGUCCAACUGGAGCCAGUGCUCAGUUAUGUGUGGGCAGGGCCAGAGGACUCGAUAUGUUCGGUGUGUCAGUAACCAAGGUGAUGAGGUGGGCGAUGGCGAGUGCAGCAACCGACUGCGUCCUAGAACCAACGAAGCCUGCGAUAUGGGGCCGUGCAUCCGAAGCUGGUUCCACAAUGAAUGGAGUCCUAUAUGUUCUGCGGAAUGUGGGACCGGAAUCCAGAGGCGCUCGGUAUUCUGCCUGUCCAGCUCCCCCACCGAUGAGUCCCAGGAGAGUUGUGGAGGCUCCAAACCAUCUGACAUGCGCGUGUGCAAUAGUGGGCCCUGCGAGCGCAUUGUAAAGUGGUACACGGGACCCUGGUCACAGUGUUCUGCCGAUUGCGGUGAAGGUUCCCAGAAGCGCGAUGUGAUCUGCGUGAGCAAGCUGGGGGCGGAGUUUAAUGUCACAGAUCAGGCGGAGUGCUCCCAUUUGGAAAAACCUCUUCCUCUUCAGAGCUGUAAUUUAGGGCUGUGCAGGCCCAGCUGGUUCACUUCCCCCUGGAGUGCGUGCUCCCAGUCUUGCCGCGGAGGGGUUCAGAUGAGGGAAGUGCGGUGCUUAGCGUCAGACAAGAGCUUCAGUCAGCGGUGCGACCAGGAUACCAGGCCGGAGGAUAAGAGAGUUUGCAACACACAGCCGUGCUCUGCUGCAUUAGAUGAAAACUGCCGGGACCGAUAUCACAAUUGUGCGGUGGUGGUGCAAGCGCGUCUCUGUGUCUAUGGCUAUUACAAGCAAGCGUGUUGUUCUUCCUGCGCCCACUCCGUACAACGAUCUGCGACUCCAGAGAGCAGAUAACAGCCUCCGACAAUCUCGCUGCCUCCCAUGAUCAUCCCCCCCCUCCACUUCACCAGAGUUUAUAUUUUAUAUACUCAAAAGAGACCGUAUUUAUUAACCUGUUUGGCUCUGGUGUGGCUCACCUGGCAAGCCCCACCAGCAACAAAAAUGGAGAAAGACACAAAAUGUAUAUUUGCUUUUUUUUUUUAGGUUUGGCCUGAUAACAGGAAGAUUUAAGUUCUGUUUUCCCAGGUCUGUUACGGUGCUACCCCGUAGAACUUGUUUUUCCUGUUUCUACUGUGACAGUGACCUAUAACUGUGGAGCAAUGAUAUCUUGGGAGUUAGUAGAAGCCACAUCUCCUUUAAUGGAAAUCUGAUUAUGGUCAUAAAAUAACCAAUGUUUUGCUUACUUUGCAGCUUCAUCAGGAUUAAGAACCUAGUUGUUUUACUUAUCUUGAACUAUCAUGGUUAUUAUAUAUGCAAUGCAGCCUGAUGAAGGUCCCACAAAAUGUUGCUUAUGAUAUGAUCAUAUUCAAGUGAAUACUCCAUGUAUUUUGUGAUGUUUUCAAAGCCCUUUAUGGCUGUGAAGAACUUGUCAAGAUAUCAGACACUUGCAGCAUGAAAGUUGCCUUCUUCCAUGUUACUGUAAAUCUGUACCUAAAAUACGUUAGAAGACACUCUUCCACUCAGUGUGUGGUGGCCAGAAACCAGUUGGCAGACCACAAGGCAGUAAACUUAAAUGGAACAGUAAUGAUGCUGCUGUUUGAUAUCAACUCAUGUGAAGGAAAGAGGAAACCAGUAAUACACGAGGAACACCACUGAUAUCUAACUAGUGGAGAAUCUGAUUCAGUUAACUGUUGUACUGUAGGUUCUACCCACUGGACCAAAGUGCGAUGUUCCUCAAGUGGGGUGGACCUCAAGGCAUAGUUUAGUUGAGCACUCAAGCUAAUGUUGAGGCAGGAAUGCAAGUUUGUUGAAGGAAGAGAUAAGGUCACAUCUAAGGGAGGGUACUGGAGAAGAAUGGGAGGAAAGAAGUGACAAGUAUUUCAGGGGAAGCAGACACAGUUGUUAUGCUCAAGACCAGGGAUCCCCAACCAUGUUCUAUCCAUGGGCAACAUUCAAAUUUAAAUAAAAGUUGGAGAGCAACGCAAACAUGCAAAAUGUUCCUGGGGAUGUCAAUUAGUAGCCCCUAUAUGGACUAACAG